UUCCAAAGUAGUGUAUCAUGCUCGUGCCGCCUUCGCCAUUACCGCCCCAUGUGGACUGGGAUGGAUUGACAUCGCUGUCCACAGCACUGGACGCACUACGUGAUCUCAUGCUCUCAGACGUGCUGCUGGAUGUGCCCAUAUUCGUGAUGGGUCAACCGCCGUUGUUGUUUGCAGCAUCCAUGUACGACGAGGACAUGGCGAUGCUGAUCCUAUCACAGAGACAUCGCAUUCCCGUGGACGUGAACGUUGUGGACAACCAUGGCUUUACAGCGCUGCAUUACGCAGCAGACUCGGACGCCGUCGACUUGGUUCGAGCGUUGCUGGAGUGCCCGGACGUCGACGUGCACGCCACGACAGAAGAUUUGUCUGUGCUUGGACACGUCGAGAGUGGUGGACGGACGCCACUGCACCUUGCUUCCUUGCGAGGCAACCUCGCCAUUGUCGAAGCGCUUGUCCUUCAUGAUGCGUCCGUGCUGUCGGACGUGGAUUGGGACGGCAACUCGUCCCUUCGUCUCGCUCAACUUCACGGCCGCACAUCCAUUCAAGAAUUCCUUCAAUCCCAAGAAUGUUCACAUCUUGUUGUGCCACCACCCUCCGUCGAAAGUUGUUUGGACCACGAAAAACGAACCCAACAAACUGUCGCCGCGGCUCGAUACGCUUCCUCUUUAGCGGUACCUGCCGCUUUGGCCAACGUGCACGUGCUCCGGUCCAUCCUGACUAUUGACGAAUGCAACUACGUCACGCAAGCCUUGAUAGCGCACACCAAUCGAGUGGGCUGGCAGACCAAACGACACACGGCGUACCCAACGACGGACCUCCCGAGCUACUGCCUCCCGCAGGUGCAUCUAUGGGUACUAGCCACGUUGCGGUACGUAGCACUCCAUCUCUCGAUUCCUCACACUCUGAAGCUCGCGGCUGUUUCCUGCGAUUCGAGCGGCGUACGGCGGCAUGACUUGUGACCUGUCGUUUCGCGACUUGUUCUACGUCAAGUACGAACGACGGCCAGGCGAUGGCAAUGUGCAAAAUGCCUUGGGGCUGCACUGUGACGGAUCCAUCUUGUCCUUCAACGUGCUGCUGAACCCCCGCAGUGCGUUUGAGGGCGGGGGCACGUUCUUUGCAGACACUGCCGCCACGGUGCACAUUGAACAAGGAGACGCGGCGGUGCAUAGCGGCCGAGUGGUGCACGGCGCUGCACCAGUCAUCGAUGGAAUCCGACUCAUCUUGGUUGGGUUUCUCAACGUACGACAACGAUGUAUGACGAAGUAGUGUAUAUUUUGGUCUUAUAGACUUGAUAUCGAAAUUACAAAUGAGUCC